GGUCACGGGGCGGCCCAAUCAGACACUGAGCCCAGCAAGUGGGCGUGGCCUGAGUUUGCCACACACGGCCCCGCCCCUUUCCCCUCCCCCACUGCCUCCAUGGCCUCCCCCGGGACCCUCAGCCUCGUCCUCCUGCUGCUUGUCCCAGGAUUGGCCGCUGCACAGCAAGAAUGUUCCGGGUGGCUCCUGGGGCCGGGACCAAUCAUGGUGCUCGUGGCCGCUGACGUCAUCAUGACGCUGCUGAUCGCGGGCGGAGCCUAUUGGCUGGCAGUGCGGAGCCACCGAGCCCCGCCCAAGCCCCGCCCCCCGGAGCAGGACUCGCACUACCAGGAGCUGCAGGGCGCGCGCGGGGACAUCUACAGCGAGCUCAAGCGCUGAGCGCCGCCUCCCCCGCGGCCUCCGCCCUCCGCUGCCGCCAUUAAAGCGCUUUCUGCCCCUUCCGCA